AUGGCUAACAGGAGGAGGAGAAAAACUACUGGAGUGGAUGAUAUCGCUCAGGCCAUACAUCGCAUGGUGGACGUGAUGCAGCCUAUUGCAGCUCAGCCUAGAGCCGUGGUGGCACCUGUUCGCCCAGUGAUGAUGGAGGACUUUAUGAGGCAUAAGCCAUCAAAAUUCUCUGGUAAAUCCACCCGUGAUGAGGCAGACGCAUGGCUGAGAGAGUGCGAGAAGAUCUACAGGGUGAUAGAUUGCACUGAUGCUCAGAGACUAUCAUUCGUCACUUUCCUGCUAGUGGCAGACGCUGAGUAUUGGUGGGUAGGCAUGCAGCAGUUGAUGCGGACACGGGCAGAGGAUAUCACUUGGACUUCUUUCAGGACCAGAUUCCUGGAGAAGUACUUCCCGGACUCUACGAAACACGAGAAGGAAGCUGAAUUCCUCAUGUUCCAGCAGGGGAACCUGACUGUGCAGGCAUACACAGACAGGUUUGAGUAUUUGGCUAGAUUUUAUUCGCCUGCAGUCACUGAGGAGUGGAGGUGCAAGAAGUACGAGGGCAGGCUGAAACAUGAGCUAUGCCAAUUCAUUGUACCACUCCACAUCAGGGAGUUUCCGGUCUUGGUGGAGUAG